AUGAACUCAGAAACAGUAUCUGAAACAUUGCGUAUUAGCUGUAAAUAUAACUAUGAAAGCCAGGUCAUAUCUUUACUACAAGCUAUGCACAGUGAGAUAAUCUCUUUGAAGACAGGACAGGACACUAUCAAACUGGAAUUGAAUUCUACAAGAGAAGAAUUGAAUUCAAAGAUUGACUACCUCCAGAGUCAACUGGACAACAGAGGAUUUUCUGAGCAAGAGACAGUACCUUCUGCCACUGACAUUCCUUGCAACAGUCUUAUCCGUGCACCUAUUCCGAAUAUCUGGGAUAUAACGUUGAAGCAUGUCUUCAAAAUGAUGAGUGAAGAUCUUGGUAUUGAGGUAAACAAUAAAGAGAAGGCCACUCUCCGAGUAUGUACAAAGAUCAUUUGUGAUGAGCUGGCUGUCCAUCCUUUGGUGAAGGAUCUUGGUUCUUGA